GAAGGUUCGAGCUGCAAGCUACCCCACGCCUCCCUUGUCGAUGCGCCCCGCGCCUGCACCUUUGUCUUCUCCGACCUCAACGCCGCGAAAUCUCCAAGAUGCCAUUUGCACAGCUGGUCAUCGGGCCGCCGGGGUCCGGAAAGUCGACGUACUGCGACGGCAUGGAGCAAUUUAUGACCGCGAUCGGGCGCAAAGUCUCCGUCGUCAACCUCGAUCCCGCCAACGACCACACCUCGUACCAGCCCGACUUGGACGUCAGGGAUCUCGUCACGAUAGACGAGAUCAUGGAGCAGGAGUCGCUGGGGCCCAACGGAGGCAUACUGUAUGCGCUGGAGGAGCUGGAACACAACUUUGACUGGCUGGAGAAAGGCCUGAAAGAACUCGGAGAUGACUACAUACUGUUCGACUGUCCCGGCCAGGUCGAGCUCUUCACACACCAUGCGUCGCUGCGGAAUAUCUUCUUUCGCCUCCAAAAGAUUGGGUACCGACUCGUUGUCGUCCACCUGACCGAUUCAAUCAUACUGUCGAGACCAUCGCUAUAUGUGUCCUCGCUGCUGCUCGCCCUCAGAAGCAUGCUGCAGAUGGAUCUCCCACAACUCAACGUCCUCACCAAGAUCGACAACCUGCGCGACUACGGAGACCUGCCCUUCAAUCUUGACUUCUAUACGGAGGUGCAAGACUUGAAUUACCUGCUUCCUCACUUGAACCGAGAACAGACGUCUGGUAUCCCAGGGCCAAGCUCGGCCCAAAAAGACGGCAAAACGGACACAGAUAUGGAAGACGAUGAGGAACCCACCUCAAAGUUCUCGGCGCUGAACAAAGCAGUCGUCGAAUUAAUCGAAGAUUUUGCGCUAGUCGGCUUCGAAACCCUUGCUGUGGAGGAUAAGAGGAGCAUGAUGACACUACUGCAUGCUAUCGACCGAGCAGGAGGUUACGCGUUUGGGGGAGUUGAAGGUGCAAACGAUACCGUAUGGCAGAUGGCUAUGCGAUCAGAUGGUGUCACGAUGGAUGCACGCGACGUCCAGGAAAGGUGGCUGGACCGACGCGAUGAGCUGGAUGAAGAAGAGCGACGUGCAUGGGCAGAAGAGAGUAAAGAAAUGAAGGAUCCGCCGCAUGAUAUCCCGCCAGCGGAACCUACGCCAGCUGCUAAGGAAGUUGCCCAGCCCAGGAAGACCACAGGGGUGGGUGACGAUGACGAAGACAUGGAGGACGAUCUUGAAGAGAUGCGCAAUUUCAUAGAUAGUAAGAAGGAAGGUGGGGUUAAAAUAGUGAAGAAGUGAGUUCUUCUUCAUGCAUCGGGCGGUGUUCUAGGACCAUAUGAUACCACAAUUGAGUUGAUAGAUUUGGGAUCACCUGUUUGACUCGAGGUGUAAGACCUAAAGGUUGCGGCC